GUGAAGAAUGGCCCUACGUACAACUGUACAGAAUGUAGCUGUGUCUUCAAAAGCUUGGGUAGUUUAAAUACACAUAUCAGCAAGAUGCACAUGGGUGGUCAACAGAAUUCUGCAAGCUCUUCGACAGAUGUAUCUCAUGUUACAGCGGACUCUGUCACCCAGCCUUUAACAACAUCUCCUGCUAAUCUCUUGCAACCUGUUGAUAACAAAUGGAAGAAUGCCACACAUUUUCGGUCUCCACUUCUUCAACAGACAGAAAACCAGGUGUCUUCAGCUACUGCUCAACAGGGUCAGCAGGCUGUAACUGAUGUCAUCCAGCAACUCCUUGAGUUAUCAGAACCAGGUCCUGUAGAAAAUAACCAGCCUCAACAACCUGGUCAGCAGCUCAACAUUGCAGUGGGAAUCAAUAGAGAUAUUUUGCAGCAAGCUUUAGAGAACAGUGGGUUGUCUUCAAUUCCCGUCUCUGCACAUUCUACUGACUGCAGCCAGGCCAAGACUCCUGGGGCCCAGGAUCAGAACCCAGACGUCCAGACUCUCUCAAAUCAUCAGGCUGACUCUAAUAAUGGAGAACAAGAUAAGGAGCAAGAGAGUACAGAUAAACUGGAUAAAAAAGAAAAAAAGGUUAUUAAGAAAAAAUCACCGUUUUUACCUGGUUCUAUACGUGAAGAAAAUGGAAUAAGGUGGCAUGUUUGUCCAUACUGCUCUAAAGAAUUUAAAAAACCAAGUGAUUUAGUGCGCCACAUUCGCAUUCAUACCCAUGAGAAGCCAUUCAAGUGUCCCCAGUGUUUCCGCGCCUUUGCUGUUAAGAGUACUCUCACAGCGCACAUAAAAACCCAUACUGGCAUUAAGGCUUUCAAGUGCCAAUUUUGUAUGAAGUGCUUUUCCACCUCAGGGAGUUUAAAAGUUCAUAUUCGUCUACAUACAGGUGUUAGGCCUUUUGCUUGUCCUCACUGUGACAAAAAGUUUAGAACAUCAGGCCACCGGAAAACUCAUAUUGCUUCACAUUUUAAACAUACCGAACUAAGAAAGCUGCGACAUCAACGUAAACCUGCAAAAGUUCGAGUAGGAAAGACGAGUGUUCCAGUACCAGAUAUUCCUUUGCAAGAGCCCAUACUCAUAACUGAUUUAG